GCUAUGCCUGGAGGCCCGUGACCCAUACUGUGGCUGGGACAGGAAACAGAGGCGAUGCACCACCCUGGAGGACAGCUCUAACAUGAGCCAGUGGAGUCAGAACAUCACUGUGUGUCCUGUAAGUGCCAACAGGGACCCCCAGUUUCCCCUACCCCACCCGUUUUGUUAUUUCCUCAGGUGUCACUAUUGUCACUGGUAACCCCCUGGGGCUGCCUGCGACACUGCUGGCUGGCUGACAACCUGGAAUACCUUCACUCUGCCUGGUCUCUCCUAGGGACUCUGGCCAUGUACAGUAGUAGUCUGACAGUUUAACAUUGUGACAGUUUGUUUUGCCUUGGGGACUCAAUUUGUCCAGGUCGCCCUAGGAAACGGUUUUUAGCCUCAAGUGUCUUUCCUGAUUAAAUGAAGGUAAAAUAACAGUUUUCCUGUGUCAAGGUUAUUGUCACAUGAUUAAUGAUAUCCAGUAAAUUCCCUGACACUCUUGUCUCUCUCUCUGCCCUGUGUGGAUUUUCAGCUGAGGAACCAGACCACCAAUGGCGGCUUUGGACCCUGGGCGGCAUGGCAACAAUGCAGCAACGACGACGGCGACAGCACCAGCACCUGUCUCUGUCGCUCCAGGGACUGUGACAACCCCCCAGCUCGCUGUGGUGGGAGGAACUGUGAGGGGCCCACCAUCGAAGUCUCCAACUGUUCCAGGUAUGUAGAAUCAAUAGGGAUUUCCAUAGAUCCUGAUUGGAGGAUUGCGGAUUUCCUGCUUAUUCCCUCCUGAUUCCGGGAAACUUCCCAGCGGGAUUUCAGGAAAACCUGGUAAUUUUGGGAAAGUUAUAGGAAUGUUUCCACCCUAACCAACAAACACCAUCUCAUUUAGGGUGUGAAGUAACAACCCAUUCCCUACAUACUGUACUACUUAUGAGCUCUGGUCAAAAGUAGUGCGCUACAUAGGGGAUAGGGUGCCAUUUUUGUCUGUCUGUCUGGAAGUGGCUAUUGAAUAAUGAGAAAUGCUACAGAGGAGCAAAGCACUUAAGCAGAUUGAAGAAUGUGUUUCUGGUGUCACGUUCAGCUUCUGAGCAAGUGGUUUUGCGUCCCUCUCAGAAUCACACAUUUGGUCCAUAAUCAUAAGUUUGUUGAGUGCUUAAAGAGAUUGAAAUGGAUCUUAAACACUUACAAAUUCGUAACAUAUUCUACAAAUUUGAUUUAUUAAAAAAAUAUAUUUUCAGUUUCAGGGACCCGUUUUGUCUCGUGAGCACUACUUUCAAAACUACUGGCUGAAAUUAUACAAAACCUUUAUAAUGCAUCUUUUAGGGAAAAUAUCUUUAAUGUUUUGGUACAAAACAAUUCUGUAAUGGUGUAUCAGCAUGUUUUACCUUGAUCUUUUCUUUACCUGGAAUAUUGGAAUCGUUUUUUUACCUCAAACUUUUCAUUUUAGAAUAUACAAAUAAACGUUUUAUGUUGUAUUCAUCAUGCCAUCAUUUCCGGUUGGACACAUUGGACUUUCUAUUGGAUUUAUUGGAUGUAUGUCUCAAUCUUGAAACUGGUUUUCCCACGGCGCUACAGGAUUCUUUGAACCUCCUGUAACAUAACAUUUCUGUUGCCGUAGAAACGGAGGCUGGACCCCCUGGUCGUCAUGGGGACAGUGCAGCACCACCUGUGGAACGGGGUUUGAGAUGCGCCAGCGCUCCUGCAACAACCCGUCGCCCCGUCACGGGGGACGCGUGUGUGUGGGCCCUGUCAGGGACGAAAGGUGAGAGGAGAAGGGGAGAGGGGGAGAUGGAAGGUCUAUUUGUGAGAGAGCUAUGUGAACAUAUGUUGGUUUAGUCAUACUUUUAUCAAAUGUAAUUUUUUUGCUGAAUAAUUAAAGUGUUCGCUUGACUCAAAAGAGCAAAACUCUCAAACAUUUAUGGGUGCCAUUACAAAGGAAGGACAUUUAUGAUUAAUUUAUGAGACAUGUUUUGCACUUUUCAGUAACAGUAUUGGUCCUCAGUAUCUUUUUGGGGAUGAUGGUCUUAGGUAAAUGUCAGCCCUCUUACACACGCCAGUGCCUCUCACCGUGUAAUGCAGAAGACAAAUGUACAUUUCUUCCCAAAUGGACAUCAGUUUCUAUCCUCCCCUCCCCUCCCGUCUCCUCUCCUCCCCUCUCUAGGUUCUGUAAUGAGGGUGUGUCGUGUCCCCAGCCUAUCUUCUGGUCCCCGUGGGGUUCCUGGACUAAGUGCAGUGCUGAGUGUGGAGGAGGGGUCCACUCCAGGGUCAGGAGCUGUGAGAACGGGAACAGCUGCCCAGGCUGCGCA